GGACCGUCGCAUCCUCUCCGCCAUCCUCCUUCUUUUCCUCCUUCGUCCAUCAUCUCCGCUCUGUUCUAGGUCACUUGCCACCCCCACAAUGCUCAGAAAAAGCUUGUCGAAGGCUUUGAACCGCUCGCGCGCGUUCCACAGCUCGGCACCGGCUCGGAGGGUCGUAGCGACCAACCCGGUUAAGGCCGAGGAGGUCAAGUCAUGGGCAUCAGGAAAGUAUCCCUUGAUUGAGCAUGAGUACGACGCCAUUGUUGUUGGUGCUGGUGGUGCUGGUCUUCGAGCAGCCUUCGGCCUUGCGGAAGCAGGUUUCAACACGGCCUGCAUCACGAAGCUGUUCCCUACAAGAAGUCAUACCGUCGCUGCGCAGGGAGGGAUUAACGCUGCUCUCGGUAACAUGACCGAGGAUGAUUGGAGAUGGCACAUGUAUGACACCGUCAAAGGUUCUGACUGGCUCGGUGACCAAGAUGCUAUUCACUACAUGACCCGAGAAGCUCCUAAUACCGUGAUCGAGCUCGAGCACUACGGCGUCCCCUUCUCCCGAACGAAGGAAGGCAAAAUCUACCAGCGCGCCUUCGGUGGACAGUCCCUGAAAUUCGGCAAAGGCGGUCAAGCUUAUCGCUGCGCCGCCGCCGCCGACCGCACAGGCCAUGCGCUGCUACACACGCUUUAUGGCCAAUCUCUCCGCCACAACACAAACUUCUUCAUCGAGUACUUUGCUCUUGACUUAAUUAUGCAAGACGGCGAGUGCGUUGGCGUUAUCGCUCUCAACAUGGAAGACGGUACGCUGCACCGAUUCCGCGCGCACAAGACCGUUCUGGCGACUGGUGGGUAUGGACGGGCAUAUUUCAGUUGUACGAGUGCCCACACAUGCUCCGGUGAUGGUAAUGCCAUGGUUGCGCGCGCGGGAUUGCCGCUUCAGGAUUUGGAAUUUGUCCAGUUCCACCCUACGGGUAUUUACGGUGCUGGAUGCCUGAUCACUGAGGGUUCUCGAGGAGAGGGAGGAUAUCUUCUCAACUCCGAGGGCGAGCGUUUCAUGGAGCGCUAUGCUCCGACUGCCAAGGAUCUUGCGUCUCGCGAUGUCGUCUCGCGUUCGAUGACGAUUGAGAUCCGCGAGGGCCGCGGUGUUGGUCCUGACAAGGAUCACAUCUACCUCCAGCUCAGCCACUUGCCUCCUGAGGUCCUUCACGAGCGCCUGCCUGGUAUUUCGGAGACGGCUGCAAUCUUCAGCGGUGUCGAUGUCACGAAGGAGCCGAUUCCUGUGUUACCUACCGUGCACUACAACAUGGGUGGUAUCCCAACAAAGUACACCGGUGAGGUAAUAACUUCGGACGAGAACGGUAAAGACAAGGUUGUCCCCGGUCUUUAUGCUGCUGGUGAGGCCGCUUGUGUCUCUGUACACGGCGCGAAUCGUCUCGGCGCCAACUCUCUCCUGGACAUCGUCGUCUUCGGCCGCGCUUGCGCCCACCACAUCAAAGAGACCCUCACUCCUGGCAAGCCGCACAAGAAGAUCAAUGACGAGGCCGGUAUCGAGUCUAUCGAAUUUUUGGACAAGAUCAGGACCUCGGACGGUCCCGACCCAACAGCGAAGAUCCGGCUGGCGAUGCAGAAGGCCAUGCAAAGUGAUGCCGCUGUGUUCAGGACCCAGUCCACGCUUGACGAGGGUGUCGGCAAGAUCAAGGAGAUCUACAAGACCUUUGAUAAUGUCGGCAUCAAGGAUAGGAGCAUGAUCUGGAACUCUGAUCUCGUUGAGACCCUUGAACUCCGCAACAUCCUCCAAAACGCCGUCCAGACGAUCACUGCCGCUGCCGCCCGCAAGGAGUCCCGUGGCGCGCACGCCCGCGAGGACUACCCCGAGCGCGACGACGAGAACUGGAUGAAGCACACCCUCACGUGGCAGCGCGACGUCAACUCGCCCGAGGUCGACAUCAAGUACCGCGGCGUCAUCAGCACGACGCUCGACGAGAACGAGUGCAAGUCCGUGCCGCCGUUCAAGCGCGUGUACUAAACGGGCAAGCUUCCUUCUCUCCCGGAAACACAUCUGUUGUACCCGCGCCGAGGCUGAGUACUGAGUUGGGUAGUGCAUGAGGCUGAUACCGGGGGUGGGUACUAGAUAGUCGGUAGUCGGAUGCAUUCGGUAUCGCUCUGGGAAUGAAUGUAUGCAUGGUAUUGCGUUAUCAAACUCUGUAAUUCGCCUCUC